GCGGCGCUGCCCUUCCCGCUUCCGGGAGUCCUCGGCUCUGCGGAGCGCCCGGCGACGGGCACGGUGGCGGCGGCGACAGUUCAGCGGCAGGGGCUCGGCCCCGGCUCGCCCCAGCGCGCCGCCAGCACGGCGUCAGCCGCAGCUCUGAGGGCAGCGGGGCCGCCGCCGCUGAGAUUACAUCAGAUAUGACUAUGUGAAUAGCCCGGGGAUAGCCCAAAGGACGGACAUGAUGUCAGAAUAACAUACAAAACAUUUGUGAGGGCAAGGCCAGAAAACCAUGCAGUCAUCAGGGCACAGAUUCCGUGAUGUCGAGCACCACCCGCUUCUUGCUGAAAAUGACAGCUACGAUUCCUCUUCCUCAGAGGCUGACAUGGCAGAGAGGGUUUGGUUCAUCCGAGAUGGCUGUGGGAUGGUCUGUGCUAUCAUGACAUGGCUUCUGGUUGUCUAUGCAGACUUUGUAGUGACUUUUGUCAUGUUGCUGCCUUCCAAAGACUUUUGGUACUCUGUGAUCAACGGCGUUCUCUUUAACUGCUUGGCUGUGCUAGCUUUGUCAUCACAUCUGAGAACCAUGUUAACUGAUCCAGGGGCUGUACCCAAAGGAAAUGCCACUAAAGAAUAUAUGGAUAAUUUACAGCUGAAACCAGGAGAAGUGAUCUACAAAUGUCCAAAGUGCUGUAGUAUCAAGCCUGAACGUGCACACCAUUGCAGCAUUUGCAAACGAUGCAUUCGAAAGAUGGAUCACCACUGCCCCUGGGUGAAUAAUUGUGUGGGGGAGAAGAAUCAGAGAUUUUUUGUUCUGUUUACGAUGUACAUAGCCCUAAUUUCAGCUCAUGCGCUCGUACUGUGUGGGUUUCAGUUUUUCUCCUGUGUCCGAGGGCAGUGGACUGAAUGCAGUGACUUCUCCCCACCUGUAACUGUGAUCCUGAUGAUCUUCUUGUGCCUUGAGGGUUUUCUGUUUCUCACUUUCACCGCAGUCAUGUUUGGCACCCAAAUCCACUCAAUAUGCAACGAUGAAACGGAGAUCGAAAGACUGAAGAGUGAAAAGCCAACAUGGGAGAGGAGACUACGCUGGGAAGGAAUGAAGUCUGUUUUUGGGGGUCAGCCUUCACUCCUGUGGAUCAAUCCUUUUGCAGGAUUUCGAAUCAGGCGACUUCUGCUGAGAGGGAAGAAAGGAGGACCUGAGUUUUCUGUUUGAGUCUAUGCUGGAACUUGCAAGAAUACUAUAUAAUAUUUAUUUGGGGCCAGAGAAGGCUGUCUACAUAUGAUCUGUGACCAGGUGGAACUGAGACCAGACGUUUGCUUGUAGCAAGCAGAGUUUUAUACGUUUAUCGUCACAGACAUCUCAUUAACUUUCAGAGACACAGACUGGGUCUGCAAUGGUCUUUACAGCAAGAUUGCAAAGGACAAGCACGUGGUCACACUGAAGAAGCCAAAUGUUGUCAUGCUACUGUAAUUUAUUUUAUGAGAUUACCCAUUUUUGUUAAACCCCUUUUAUUUGAUAAAUGUUUUGGGGAAUUACCUGUGUGGGUUGGUUUGUUUUGGUUUUUUAUACACUUAGGUGCAGUUGUCAAUCAUAAGGAGGAGCAGUAUGGUGAAAGUUGAUCUCAAAUGAGACCUAGCCUUCUAAAUCUAGUUUUCAGGGAAUAGUGGUUUGUUCCAUUUUAAUUUCUAUUUCAGCUUGUCCUAAUAAACAGAGCUGUACUCCUGUGUCCCACUUCAGGCACACAUUCCUCAUAUGCAAGUGAUUCAAAGGACUGGUGCACACAACAGCAUAAUACAUCAGAGGCACUGUUAUACCCCUGCCAAAUGUCUUCCCAGGCUCACAAAAGCAUGUCUCAUCUCUGGCAGUAUUAAUCUCAUGGCAUUUAGGUAAGUUCUAAAUCUUAAGUAAACAACACUUUUAGGUGAUGGCUGCAGCCCACAUUCUGCUCUCCGAUACAGAUCUCCAGUUCUUACGCUGAAGUAUAUCGGUUUGAGGAACAUAUCUAGGCCUCUGUGCAGGGAUGAGUGGGACCAGUGAUUGUAUCCUCCUGUGUGAGAUUAAAAUGAAUGUAACAACAGGUUGGAGUUAAUUGACUGAAAACCAUUGUCUUUGUAAGGUCUUGCUCUGCCCCUUUUUUAUUGUACAGACUUUUCAUAGAAGGAAGGCUAUUAACUUCAUGAUCUCCUAACAAAGGUGUGAGCGGGAUGAGGGAGAUUGCCUCAUCCUCAGGUACAACAGAGCUUAAAUGUAGAUCUACAAUAGAAAGGAUUAUUUUGAACUCAACCAUUUUCCAACUAAAAUGACUAUACAGAAAUGAGAGCAAUAUAGAUCUAGAACUGCUUUAUGUGGGCCUGACAAACAACAGUACUGCUAAGAAAUGUUUAUAAAUCUGCAAGUAAUGAAAUACAAGCUGUAAGUAAUGAAAUUCAGCUCCAAGUGGAUUCUUUAAAAAUGACGUUUAGACUAUUUUUUGUAUUAUGGUUAAUCUAUAAAUUGCUGACAAUAUAAAUGAUAAAGCAGGAGCCUUGAUACAUAGCUUGAAAUCGUGCCUAGAAAGUAAAUAGCUCCCUGUUUUGGGACUUGCCUUAAAAUUGUCCUGUUCUUGCUUUUGCUUCACCAGUAGCACUGAUGCUCUGUCCCACCUCAAGCAGUUCAAUGUGCUGAAGAACCUUGCAUUACGAAGUUUACGUACUACAGAAGCUGUAGUUCCUUUUUCUCGGCAACCCGCUUCUCCAUUUCUUUGUAACUGUUUGUGACACCUGGAUUCUAGCUUCAUCAGGUUUUCUACCAGUGGGUGGGUGAAAUUACUAAGGGGUCCAUCUAUCACCUAUGGCCCUGCGAACAAAACUGUGCAAUACUCUUGUAAUACGCUCAUUUUGCUUGGGGGGAGUGAUGUGUGAUACUGGAGAAGUUCUAGAUGGACACAUCCAACGGCUUUACAGUCAGGUGAACAAAACUACAUCUCAUGUAACUGAGGGGAAAUAGGGAAGCUCUACAAGAAUCUUUGCAUAUUCAGUUGCACAUCUUAAAGAUAAUGGGGGGAGGGGGAAGGGGGGAAAUGUGUCUGGCUUUGUCAUGAGGCUCUUAAUGUGUAAAUCGUUUAAUAAGCUAUCCUGAUGAGAACCAGAAGAAACCACUUCAAGCAGCUGAACCCUGUGACUUAGCAAGUGCGUGCGUGUGUGAAAUCAGGUUUACUUGGCUUUUCAAACCCUUGGUAUGUUGUAAUUUUUUAAUGU